AUGUCUACUGCAGCUGAUACUAACAUUACGGAAGGAGAUAUUUCCAAUGAUGGUAAUUUACACAUGGCUCAAUCUCAACACUCCAGGAAAGCCUUCUGUUCAGUGCGCCAUAGCCUGGCCUUCACCUUGCAACUCUGCAAUUUUGCAAUUUUCACGCAACAAAUGAACAUGAGCAUUGCCAUGCCAGCUAUGGUGAGCGGCGUGGCUCUCACCAACCAUUCUAACACCUCCACGGAAAGGCCCCUGACUGGAGCCCAGGCCUAUGGGAAUGGAACUCUGGAGAAAGUUAUGGCUGUGGCCCCUGUGUAUGACUGGAGUCCUGAAAUCCAGGGAAUUAUCCUCAGCUCCCUCAACUAUGGCUCCUUCUUUGCUCCCAUCCCAACCGGCUAUCUUGUUGGAAUAUUUGGAGCCAAGCGCAUCGUUGGUGCUGGCCUGUUCACCUCUUCAGUCCUGUCCCUCUUUAUUCCGCUGGUGGCUGGUACCGGAGUGACGUGGCUCAUUCUCAUUCGGAUUGUCCAAGGCUUGGCACAGGUUGUGGUAUCAACAGGUCAAUUUUCGCUUUGGGUAAAAUGGGCCCCCCCAACAGAGAAAGCGCAACUCACCAGCAUUGCUACAUCAGGGAUAAUGCUGGGAUGCUUCGUCGUUUUUGCUGCAGGGGGUCACAUCUGCCAGACCGUGGGAUGGCCGUAUAUCUUCUAUAUCUUUGGUGGAAUUGGUUGUAUGUGUAGUGUUCUCUGGUGCUCUCUUGUUUAUGAUGACCCCAGGUAUCAUCCCUUUAUCAGCAAGCACGAGAAGGAGUACAUUAUGUGUGCACUGAAAAAACAGGAUUGUUCCAGUGGCUGGUCUCUUCCCAUUAGAGCUAUGAUUCAAUCGCUACCACUUUGGGCCAUUUUAAUUUCGUAUUUCUGUUCAUCCUGGCCUUUUAGUAUCUUGAUGGCGUACACACCAACCUACAUCAACUCUGUGCUUGAAGUUAAUCUCACACAUAGUGGAGUCCUAUCUGCCCUGCCUUUUGUAACCGGCUGUAUCUGCGUUAUCCUGGGAGGGUUCUUGGCAGACUUUCUCCUCUCCAGAACAAUUUUCAGCCUCGUUACUAUAAGGAAACUCUUAACGGCCAUAGGAGUUCUCACCUCAUCCCUGCUGAUGGUGUCCCUGUACUGGGUCAGAGCCAACACCAGCGUCUCCGUGGCCUUCUUGAUACUGUACCCUGCCUUCGGCAGCUUAAGUGACUCGGGAGUCUUUGUCAACAUCUUGGAUAUUGCACCUCGAUAUGCUGCCUUUCUCAAGGGCCUAUCAGAAAUCUUUGUACUCACCGCCGGAGCUCUCUCUCCCACCACUACCGGAUAUUUUAUCGGUCAGGAUUCAGAGUUGGGCUGGAGAAAUAUCUUCUUGCUUUCGGCUGCUAUUAACAUCUUUGGCUUAGCCUUGUAUCUCAACUUUGGUCAAGCAGACGUCCAGGAUUGGGCCAAAGAGCAGCCAAUCGCCUCCGCUGGAGAACGCCUCUUGAUGCAUUAG